AUGGCACUGUCAAUGCUUGAUCAGUAUGGUCCACCUGUUCAGGCUUGGAACUCGCAGCAGGCCCAGCUGGAGGGUAACAGGCCACAGUCCAUCACAUCCAACAACAUAAGGUCUAGAGCCUUACCAUACCCUUGUGUUCAGUCCUGGAACAAUUUCGAUUUUGGUAGCUCUCACAUGUGGGACAGGGACCAAGACGGAUUGUCGAGGUCGCCAUAUAUCCUGUCGGACCCAGAGUCGGCUUCUCAGUUCCAUCAAAACCAGGAGCUGAUGUACGACAACAUGGCCACUCAGAACGUUGCAGUCAAGGACUUCUCGUCAUGGGUUCCUAAAACACCCAACGGACUCCUCAGUGGAUCAGUUCAAACCGAGUUGUAUGAUGCGUUGGAGACAGAGAAUCCUGCCAACGAGGAGUUCAAUGGACACGCGAUCCCGAUGGCUCACGCGCCUACCCAGUAUCAGCAUGGCCCACAGUCUUCGUCUGCAUACUCGUUCACACAAGACGGCACUUCCGGAUGUGCUCCUUGGUACCAGCCCAAUCACCCGUAUGCGCUACCCAUGCCGAGCUUUGGAGCCCGCAACGCAGACACCUCUUCCCAAAUGCAGAACCGUGUACACAACGACAAGCUGCUGCUUGAAGGCAAGAAAAAUGGUUUGACAUACAACCAAAUCUCGAGGCAGUGGCUAGGACCUCCUCCAGAGAUGUCGACCUUGAGGGGCCGCUACCGCGCCUUGAUUAAGCCGAAGAAUCAACGAGUCCGCAAGCCCAACUGGACACAGAAUGAUUGUGACUUGUUGAACAUGAUCGUCCAGCAGGAGUUCGACCGCAUUGACGAUCAGACCUCAUACUCAUUCGACGUGUUGCAGAAGCUUACCAAGGUGGCGUGGAAGAAAGUCGCCGACUACAUCAGGACCCAUGGUGGAUCAUACCUCUUCGGCAACUCGACCUGCAAGAAGAAGUGGGAAGAUCUCCAUGGUAUCAAGAGGAAGGAGAGGGCCAAGAAGACACGGAAGAUGGCCAGCAACUGA